AUGGCCCCACAACUUCGUGGCACUGACCGUGCGGUCCACUGGCAGCAGGCACCACAUACAGGUCCGCCGAUGCUGCCGCUGGCGUGUCGGAGCCCUCUGAUGCCACCGUCUCCGCCGCCCACAAUGGCCCAAAGCUCCAACCAGGCUGCAGGUGAGCUCUCGUUGCAGGAGCAGCUGUUGCGAGAGCGCCAUGUCUGCACCCCGCCGCCCAAUGUUACCUUCGUGAGCAAGUCGCCGGGGACCGCGAGCAUGAGCCGACAUGUCCAACCAAAACAGCAGCAUGAGGGAUACUGGACACCGCCAACGUACCAGCACGUGCAGGAGGACAGAUUUCGCACUAAUCGGCUGAUGGGCGUAGUACCUGCAGAUAAGAAGACACGCCCAGAAACCAAUAACAUCAACAGCAGCGGUAGCGGCAAAACCUGUGGGGCGAAGGCCGUGUCGUCUCUUCAACAGCAGCAACAGCACCAGUGUGUUUCCUCUGUUGAGCAACAGCCACCACCAUCUCCACCACCUCUCUGUCAUCCUCCACAGCAGAGGGAUCAUCUCACUACCGUGGUGCCGCCUCUCCGGCAAUCACAACCGCUCCCGACGACACCAUUACACCCAUUAUCACCACCAAAGCUUCCAGCGCCCUUCCAGGAACUCAAGCAGGCAAAUCCGCAACAGAUGCAGCUUCCGCGCCGUCGACGACAGCACCCUCGAGACUUGCCAGAAUCUUCCCGGAGACCUGAAGAUCUGCCAGCAAAUCCAACUUUAUCCUGUGAAGCAGUCACCGUCCAGCAGAGGAAAUACGAGUGUGAAGACUGCAGCAAGCUCUUUGUCACCAAGGCGUCUCUCAAGGUGUGCAGACGUUUUUGCUGGACUUCGCCAUUUUGCGAGUAA